AUGCUAGCAAAGACAUUGGAUCACUAUAAUUUGUUCGGGCAUCGACGAAUCGACGUCCUGAAAAAAACGCAAUGGUGGAAUAUCGCGUUGCUGCCAGUUAGUGGCACAGGAAGGGCUGCUUCACAGGCAAUCAACAAGCCAACAUACGGUCUCUGGCCAUUCGACACUGUCUUGUCCACACCGCCUGGGACUUCUCUUGGAGGUAUAGAGGAUGCUUUCCGUCGUGGUUGA